GAGGUCCAGAAGAAUGUUUAAUACACAAUAGACGACUGGGAACAGUUUUCAAGAGAGUCUCUGUUAGGAAUACUAUCUCCCCAUAGAAAAAAAGUUUUAUAAAGAUUUAUCCGCCAUCGACAGCACGGUGCGUUGACGGUUCCGGUCGUGUAUUGAUUAGGGGUCCCCCGCUACAGAGGACUGUCCAGUGUCGCGUGGUCCAUCUUAAGGUAAGCUAGGUAUUGAUUGCGCACCUAUCAUCCAUUGAUACUGUACUAGUGCAUCCACAGAGCUUCGAUACGGUUUUGUUUUUGUUCGUCUUGCUGUUCAUUCGCUGGUCUGGAAUUAUUGAUGCAUUCGGCGACACAAUCGAUGGAUAAGUGUUUUGAAAUGCAGUGAGACGAAUAGAAAGAAAGGAAAAGUGAAAUUUUAAUUACUGACAGAUACAGAAACUACGACAGAUAAAUAAAGCGAUGGAUUAGCUGCUUCAGGACACUAUUCCUCGUCAAGAUGCGUCCCGCGGUAUACGCUAGUGUGGUCCGUAACAGGCACAAGUCCCGCGGGGACCGCACCCAUCGAGCCCAGCCCCAUGGCUUUUCCAUGAGAAGACUGUUAGCCAUGGUAUUUGUAGGUGCUAUUCUCCUGGCUCCAGGCUUGACCUUGACCAUCCUUGGCCUAGAUGAUAGAAAAGAUAAAAAUGAAAGAGUUGCUCAAUCCGAAAGAAUCUUGUAUAAAGUUAUGGGUCCUAUCUCCUGUGCGGUCGGUGGUUUCAUCCUAGUGGCAGCCAUAUUCUACUACUGCUGUUACGGACUGGCCGAUCAGUCAAGACGACACAGACACACUUCAUCUAUCUAUGUUGUUAAUGCUGAUAACGGGGAUUUAGCCUGGUCUAAAUCAAAUACUAGUCAUCAUGGUUUGACGGCUUACUCCAGUGCAAACAGCGAGAGGCCACAUGAAAACCAGAAUCAGUCACAUGACUCUAAAGGCAGACGACAUUCCUCUCACUCCUCCAUGCACCGCCACAACCACCACCACCACCACCAUCACCACGAGACGGAGAAGAAAGAGGCGGGCUUUUCUCAGGACAGGGCUCAAAGGUUGCCGGAAACAAUGGAGAUUAAUAUGGCGACGGAGACUGAAGACGUCACGGUGUCUCGAUGGGAACAAUAGGAUGACGUUACUCCGCCACGUAGCAACAAUCUGAAAACGAACCAAUCGGCAAGCCUCGUAUUGAUACCUCUCAAAUUAUCAGAAGACUGUGUUUUGAGAAAAAAGACUCAUAUUUAUGUAUCUCGUGUGAGGAUUGAAAAGUCGUUUUUAGAAUUAUUGACUACAUAUAUUGUCUACAAAGUGCCCUUGGUAACGAAAACUCGACAUAGCCUUCAGUAUAUGAAGUCCUCGUCUAUGAACCAAAGAAAUGGUGUGUUUUUUAAAAAAAAAGAAGAAAUAUUAUAUGACGAUUGUGGUAUCAACAUUAUCAGAGCGUAUACAUUUGUUUAAUUCCAAAAUGAUUUUAUUGAGUGUCAUGAAAUGUUUUCCUGUACAUUUGCACAUAUCAGUCUUUAAAUUUGUGUAUAUUGAUUUGCAAAGGUAAUCCAGCGUCACCGAACGUAAAAAGAAAUCCUUAUGACUUAAUAUCGUAUUUCAUCUUUGAAAGUAAAUGUGAAAUACAGAGUUACUCGCCUUGACCAUAUGACAGGGAACAUUACCAACUCAUCAAAUCAACAGAACACAUCACAGCACAGCUUUUUGGAGUGUCAUUUUUGGUCUUUUUUUUUGCACUUACAUAUUUAAUUCAAAAACUCAUCUGAAACUUUUGACUGAAUUUGGUUACAAGUAAAGAUUUUAUGUACGAAGACUUGGUGUCACAGUCAAUAAUAGAAAUCGAGGACAACCCCAAUACUUGGUUGUAGGCUUGUAGCUUUGAGAUUAAGCGAAGAUGUCCACUUUUUUGCGUUAAUGUCUUUUGUCAAUAGGAAAUUAUUGUGAGAUUUAACCAUGGAUUCCGGAGAAAGGAGAAUGGUCUCUGUAAUGUAUUGGAGUCGUUAACUGAACAAGACAGAUUAUUCUCUAGAUGUCCAUCGAUCUGACAAAAACUUCCUCGUAAAUUACCAUGUCACAUCCUUGUAUUACCCAAUGACAUUUGUAAAUGCCAGUGUCCUCUAGCGUUGCAGUCUAGUGGCUGUGCACGACAUACAUGUAUAUUGCCUCUUCUUUCAUUGGACACCCGUGAGGAAGAUGUCGAAGACACGUGUGCAUGCUGCAGAAUAAGAUAACUUUUUUUCUUUGGAUCAAACUUCCAUGAAAGAUGUUUGUUUUCUAAUGAAUGGAUGUGCAGCAUGUUUAUUCAUUUAAAGCAAGUCCCAUGAUGUCACAAAUACCACGUGAUUAAAGAUAUUAAAACCACUUGGUAAUCUAGGUGUUUUUGGAGUUCUCCGUGUCAUCACACCAAAUCUUUAAUCUAAUCUAUGUUUGCUGUUCCAUAUUUUUCUUUUUUAAAAACAUGACUGCUUAGCUAUAUUGUUUCUGAGAUUUAUGGGGUGUUUUGGUAACCUUGGUGAAAAAUACGGACUCAUACACUAUAAUCACAAUCAUGGCGUUGUCCUCUACUAUAGUAUACCAUGAAAACAAGUGAACACAUAGAAUUAGAUAAUAGUUAUAUGUACAUUAAGUAAUCGAAGCAUCCGAGGUUUUGCGUGGUGCAAGUGCUGUUUUAUUUUGACACAAUUUUGUACAGUUUUUUAUCAGCUCGCGAAUUAAAUGUUUCACACACGCAAAGUAAUCCUACACGCCCUAUAUAUGCAGACACUUUAUACUGUAUAGCUGAAUAAGAGGUGCGACACAUGCGCGCUGAGAGUUCAUAGUUCGACUUCCGUUGUUGUCACAAGUCAAAUUAAUAUUGUUUCAAGUUCGAUCUUUUUCAAAAACUGCCUUUGUAUGUCAAAAAACCUGAUAUUUUAUUGUGAAUAAAAACACAAAGUGUUCGAUA